AUGGGUAUCUUCGGCACUCUCCUUGGCAAAGCUGCCGCGCCAGCUCUUGCCUUCUUGCUUUGCUGGUGCGUCGUCCGGAGGGCCGCGCUUUAUGUCAAACUUCGACAUCUUGGCGGUCCUUGGUGGAGUGGCCUCACACACUGGCCUCACAGCAAGGCAAUCAUUAGCCCCAAUUGCCACGAGUGGUACGCCGAUAUAAAUGAAAGAUAUGGUCUCAUUGCCCGCAUCGCUCCGGGAAUUUUAGUGACCUCAUCUCCUGAAGUUUGGGCCCAUGUCAAUAGACAUCCUGGAUACAAGCGCUCCGAUUGGUAUUAUCACGCUUGUCGAAUUGAGUACCAGCGUGACAACGUAUUCUCUCAAACGGACAAUGAGAAACACGAAAAGAGAAGAAAGCAAAUGGCGCCGGGGUACUCCGGCAGAGAGAAUCUAGACCUCGAACCUACGAUUGAUCAACGCCUUGAGGAGCUUCUCGGGCUCAUGAGAUCCAAAUAUCUUUCAACUGACAGCAAAGUCACACCAGUGGACUUGGCCAAAAAGAUACAGUACUUUACUCUCGAUGUAAUCAGUUCUGUCGGGCUUGGGAAAGCGUUCGGCAUGCUGCGGACUGACAGUGAUGUGGAUGACUACCUGAAGUCUACUGAGGAGGGCUUGUCUGCUAUUAGUGUGGCUUGUGCUAUCGGCAUUAGCUGGAUGGCUCAGUCACCUGUCAUUGGCAAAUUCAUAGCUCCUUCACCUACGGACAAGAACGGUUUUGGUAAAAUGAUCGCAGCAUGCUUCCGCUAUGUUGACGAACGCACUGAAAAGCCAACGGACGAAAGGUCGGACAUGCUUGCAUCAUUCAUACGCCAUGGGCUAAGUGGCGAUGAGCUGAAGACUGAGGCACUGGAGCAGAUUAUCGCCGGAUCGGAUACGACCGCAGCUGCCAUACGAGGGACACUCUUGCAAAUCAUGACCAAUCCCAGGGUUUAUGCCAAACUACAGCAUGAGAUUGACGAGGCAGUACGUGCUGGGAAUGCCCCAAAACUCGGCGAGGGAAUUAUUACUCUUGGCCAAGCGAAGAAGCUGCCGUACCUGCAAGCAGUCAUCCGAGAGUCUCUGAGGAUCCGACCGCCGGUUCUCAAUAUCUUUUCUCGAGAUGUUCCCCCUGGAGGUGAUGCUAUUGAAGUGAAAGGGGAAACUUAUCUUUUACCUGGUGGUGUUUGUGUGGGCUAUUCUGGGUAUGCCAUGCAUCGAAGUCAAGUAACAUACGGCGUCGACUCUAAGGCAUUCCGACCAGAGAGAUGGUUUGAGACAGAUCCGGACAAGCUCGCAUCAAUGAUCCAAACUAAUGACCUGAUUUUUGGUCACGGUAAGUUCAUGUGUCUAGGGAGGCCCGUGGCUCAGAUGGAACUUUCUAAAACUAUUUUCGAGGUGCGUUGCAGACUCUGGAGCACGUCGUUGUUCUUUCGGCUGUGA